AUGGCCUUCAGGAACCUUCCCCGUCAACCUCUGCACCCAGACCUGGAAGAUGUGCAGAAAUCCCUCGCCGGAGGUGGCUCCUUGGACACGGACGAAGGACUUGCAGCUAUGCGAAAGAUACUCGUCUUCAAAAUAGAAGACAUGCUUCAAGGACGAGAAGACAAGAUCUCCUAUGAAGACAUCGACAUCCCCGGCCCGACUGGACCGAUGCGCGCAACAAUCUUUCGCCCGAAGCCCGGAUUCGCUGCUGCCUCCGUCGCCGAAACCCCGGGAGUCAUCAACUUCCACGGCGGGGGUCAUCUGGCAGGAGAUCGCUUCAUGGGCAUGAACUCCGCUCUCGACUGGGUCGAGAAAUUGGGCGCCGUGUGUCUGACGGCCGAAUACCGACUCGCACCAGAGAACCCACAACCCGCCCAGCUGGACGACAGCUACGCGGCCCUGACAUGGAUGAGCGAGCAUGCUGCCGAGCUAGGCUUCAACCCGCACAAGUUGAUCGUCAAUGGAGGCUCCGCCGGUGGCAACCUCGCUGCAGGGGUCGCUCUAUUGGCGCGCGAUCGAUCCGGCCCCGAGAUAUUGGGCCAAUUGCUCAUCUACCCAUGGCUAGACGAUAGCAACGACACACUCUCUAUCCAUCAAUUCGGCCAUCUCCAGCCAUGGACGAGAGCGAAUAGUAUCAUUGCCUGCAACUACGCAUUAGGCGAGAACCGCGAGCAGGCCUCUAUCUAUACCGUGCCUUCGCGCGCUAAGGACCUCGCCGGAUUGCCGUCGACUUUCAUCGAUGUCGGUGCGGCGGAUUUGUUCCGUGACGAGGACGUUGAUUAUGCUAAUGCCCUGCUGAAGAGUGGCGUGCAGGUCGAGCUCCAUAUCUGGCCAGGCUGCUGGCACGGAUUCGACGUGUUUGUUCCAGAUGCCCCGAUCAGCCGUCGAGCCGCUAAGGCUCGGUUGGAAUGGCUUCAGGAUCUGGUGAGCAGGGUCUAG